AUGGACGUGGACUACGAAAGCAGGAGAUUUGUUUGUGAAACUUGCAAGAAGAGAUUCAGCAGAAAGCAAUUGCUGACUAGGCAUUUGGCAUCGCAUAGUGAUGAAAGACCUUUCCAAUGUGAAGUGUGUCCUAAAAACUACAAGUACACGAAGAACCUCAUUCGUCAUACUAAGGUAAAGCACUUUAGUGAGUGGCUUUACUGGAAAAAGGCAAGGAACUCUCAGAAAUGCAAAAAUGAAGAUGAAGAUGUUGGGAAAUUCCUAACAUUUGGUAAUUCAGAGAAAUCUAAGACAAAAGAAUCAGACCGCGAAGAGGGGAUGCAACCAAGAACCAGAACCAUCCAAGAGAUUUUUAGGGCCAGAAAACUCAGCAAGCGCUUAUGCCAGAGGCACGAAUCUCAAUAG